UCAUUGACAGUUGAGAUUUCUGUUUUGUUAACUGGACUAGCGAUUGCGGUAAUAUAUCUUUGAAUGCUUUCAAACGAACGAGUAGAGAUAGCUGCUGCUAUUGAACCAAGCUAUUGAUUGCGUUUUAAUUAACGACCAAGUUGAAAUUAAACGUAAUGUGAAUUCAAUUUACGUCGCUCUGUAAAAUUAUGAACACAUGCCAAUUUAAAAAAAAAUUCUAGCCUAGACCAUUUUAGAAAAAAAGAAAAAUCAUUUUUAGGAUAUUUUUGUAACAAAUGCAUCCAAAACAAAAUACUGAAGAUCAAUGUUUUUAUGGUUAUGUUAUUAUAAGAUUUUGUUUUUUUUUCAAUUUUUCUAUUUUGAGUAGGUUCGAUUCAAAAAGAUAAAAUAUGGAUAUUUUAAAGGCUGAAAUUGAAAAAAAACGGAAGGAUCUGGAAGAAAAAGAUAUUUUGGCUUCUAAUAAAAAGUACUUUAAAAGAGGUGAUUUGACAGCUAAGGAACAAGAAGAAUUUAGGAAAAAGUAUCUUGUUACAAAAGAAAAAGCCAAAAGUACCACGGAAAUUUUACAAGGUGAUAAAACUGAAUCAGAUAUUAAGCACAACAUUUUACCUAGACAAGAAGUUAUUUCAAGAUUAAGAGAUCGAGGUGAACCUGUUCUUCUUUAUGGCGAAUCUGAGUUAGAUGCUUUUAAAAGAUUGAGAAAAUGUGAACUACUUGAACCUGAGAAAAACAGAGGGUUUAGAAAUGACCUGCAGGAAGCAAUGGAACAGGUAGAUCAAGCAUAUCUUGAUGAACUGUUAAAAUCAAAGGCUUCUGGAAAUGAAUGCAAAGAAGAAACCACAACUCAAGAACCUGCUCUCUCCUAUGAAGAAAUUAGGGAAAUGGCGAAAAAAAUGGGGAGAGGAAAUAGGGAACAUGAUAUGACAGUUAUUGUUCAUUUUGUACAGCUACUGUUGACUAAAUGGAGUGAGCAACUCCAAAACCGAUCUGCGGAAGAGAAAACCUCAACCAAGGGAAAAUUAGCUGGCGCGACUUAUACGCAAACUCAAGUUUAUCUGAAACCACUAUUGAGAAAGCUAAAAACGUUUACUCUACCGGAAGACAUAUCCGACAGCCUGACAGAAAUUAUAGUACAUCUCCUUAAUAGAAACUACUUAAAGGCAAGUGAUGCUUACCUUCAGAUGGCAAUAGGCAAUGCGCCGUGGCCUAUUGGAGUGACUAUGGUUGGUAUCCAUGCUCGCACGGGAAGAGAAAAGAUCUUUUCGAAAAAUGUCGCCCACGUGAUGAAUGAUGAAACCCAAAGAAAAUAUAUUCAGGCAUUGAAACGACUUAUGACAAAAUGUCAAGAGUAUUAUCCCACUGAUCCUUCAAGAUGUGUCGAGUAUCAGAUAUUUCAUGAUACAAACAAAAACUAAAAAAGGUCUUAUU